CAUGAACCGUUGGCUCAUGCAUGAUUUUUCCAUUAAGGAAAAUCGAACAUCAUAUCACAAUACAGGUAUGAAUCUGCACAAUUCCACGCUUAUGGAAAUAUUGCUUUUAUAGAUAGAGCUCUUUUAGAGUCAUUCAAAAUAAACAGCUCACUGAGUUUCCAUUGUGUUGAUUUGUUUAUGGGAAAAUAUGUGUUCAUAAAUCGGAUCUAUCAGUACUGUAUCAUAAAAUGACAGUCGAAAAUUUUGUAAAAUUAUGCAUGUUAUAGAAACUGUUUAAUUUAUAUAAUUAAUGAAUUUACCAAUGAAAACGUGAGGAAAGUACUACAUUUACAGACCUUACAUUAAAGUAUGAAAUAACUAUAACAAACUGGCGCAAAAUAUUAGAUUUUUAUCAUAUUAAAAACAUGGAAACAAAAAAAAAUUGUGCAGUAUUAAUGCAUGUGUAUCAAUAUUACUAUGCAAGAGUCAUAUCCUGCAGUAAUUGUUAAAAACGGAAGUGAACAUGUAACUGACUGGUUAACCAUGUGCUAGACAUUGCUGUGAAACUUGGAAGUGUACCGCAACAAAAUCUCUUCUUAACUGCUACAUGAUACUUAGAUAACGUCAAGAGUCUAGAUGAAAGUAAUGUAAAGAUGUAAAGAACACAGUGAAACAUGAACUCCAAUAUGUUCUCCAUAACAGUUGCUGCAUUUGUGUUUCUUCACCUAUCGGAAGCUAUUUAUUUUGCCCACCGGAAACCAGAAUUAUGUUUGCAUAUACCGGCUGAAAGUGGAACGAUAGUUGGCAAAGUAUACGCUUACCCGAAUGUAAACGCAGGGUGUGGGAUGAAAACCGACCACUAUGACGUCAUAACCUAUGGCGUCGUAGGAGACAAUGCUAUAUUUGCAAUAAAUUCCACUGGCUUCGUUUAUUUGAAGACGUCUCUUCCCUAUAGUGCAACAGGUCCGUCUACAUUUGAAAUAUCUGCUUCGUGCAAGGAUAGAAACGGCGUUAUUGUCUCCUCCGCCACCACAAAGGUCACCGUAAAUUACCAUGGCACUGAAGAGGAUUCUCAACUCGCUACAAACCAGAUUGUUCCUGAUAAAUCAACAAUAGAUCAUAUCUGUUUCUCUCAUUUUUCUGAUGAUUCAACAUUUGCUGUGGAAGAAAAUGUUAAAGAUAUCGUGAUAGGAAGAUUAAAUACAUGCUGGCAGGACCGGAAAUAUGAAAGGAAAUACCAGAUAGAAAAACCUAAAAGUCGGUUCAGUAUCGACCCUUCCACGUCAGAAAUAACACUUAUAAAGCAGUUAGACAGAGAGACCUUGGGUGAUAACAAAGAUCUACCGGACAGACCUUCCGGUACUCAACCUUUAAAAAUAACAUGCGAAGUGAAAAUUGAUAACGCCAAUUACACAUCAGAAAAACAUCGAUUGAACAUAACCGUUCUUGAUGUAAAUGACAACCCACCUCGAUUCCAUACACAUAAUGGUUUACAACAUAUUACUAAAGACAUCGAAAUCCGGAAUGGUACUAUGCACCAGACUCUCGAAGACAUUGAAGAAAUCAUUGAAGAUUUAGACGCUGACAGUUACCCCGACACCUGUCACGUGAAGAGAAUCAUUACAGAUGAGCUGAACGUUUGCAAGCCGGAUCUGCAUUGCGUCAACCCUAAAAAGGCUUCCACUGUGUGCAGACUACGCAUUCAUCUGCAAAAUAUAGACACCAUUGCGGAUACUCUAUACAAGUGUGAAAUUGCUGUUGUUGACACGAAAUUUAUUGCGUCUGAUGCCAAAUCAGCAAACAAUUCGGCGACUAUAGCGAUCAACAUACAUAAACCAUCAGACGACACACCUACUGCUAUGUCUUUAAAGUCGACACAAACUUUAACUUUCUACAGAAACUCAACUCGUCUUGCAAGGCUGCACUCGAUGAGAACUGAUGUUCGAACGAGUACACGUUAUAUUCUUAAGGAUGCAAUAUUUAAUAUAACGCCCCAAAUGGGUAUCAUUUACGUCGAGAAUACAGAGGCCCUGGCGGUAGCACCUGACAGAUAUUCAAUUAUAGUUGCACAGACGGGAGGCCCUAGCAUAGCUAUUGAUAUUGCAUUGCAAGGAAAUGGCAGGAUAUCACCUUUAUGUGAAGAGGGAUGUUCAAGGCACGAUUCUACGCGAUCUUGCACUGGAUCCUGUGGUGUUGGCCUUACUUCCGGUGGAUGUGUGAUGCGGGGAAGCGACAGAAAUAAUAAAAUGUCAAAAGACUAUGGCACGUGUACACAUGAAAUCAGUACAUGUCCAGAUCUAUUUUGCGACGAGCUUGAAGACAAGUUUCCGCAUCUUUGUCCACAGGAUUGCACAGAUGAUGUAUCUGGGGCAUAUAUAAUGAGAAAAAGUAAUGGGCGUACUCGAGGUAUUGCAAUGGCGGAAAGCCCGUGUUGGUGUGAGGAAGACAAUGGUAUCUAUUGUACAUGCAUGUCACCACAUGAACCUAUUGUGAACGUUAAUACCACACUCAAGAAUGUAGAAGACACACCUGAUCAUUUGCUGCAAGACAAACCCAAAGCAACAACGUCAAAGGUGUCCACAGGUGCGGAUGUAGGAUAUGCCUUCAAGAAGACCCCGCCAAUCAUGCAGCAGCCUGUAACACAAACAGAGAAUGACACAUAUUAUACUGAUACUAUAGCGCUUGUUACAGAUCAACCACCUAUAUGUGACAAUGUUUGCGGUGUUGCUAUUGGUGUCGGACUGACCAUGUUCCUUCUUAUAUCCUUCUCAUUAUUUAUGCUUUGGUUCACAAAGAAGAAGAAUGACAGGCGCAAAACGAACAUGAAGCACGUUGGCAGCGUGGUAUCUAUUUCUGGUCUGCCAUCGGACUAUCAGGACGAACGUGAGAGAAGGUUGUCUUAUUCUUCGGACCAUUGGUCGCAAAAAGGACCCAUUUAUUCUACACAAAUUCAGUAUACGCACGAUGAUAACGAGAAAUGGGAGAUUUCAAGGGAGACAUUGACCUUAGAGAAGACAAUUGGUGAAGGUGAAUUCGGGAUUGUCGUUAAAGCAAGGAUGUCAGACGGUGAUCAGAAUGUCCGAAAUGUUGCUGUUAAAAUGCUAAAACAUUGUUCUACGCAGAUAGAAGAGCAGGAUUUAUGGUCAGAAUACAACCUUUUGAAAGACGUCAGUCAUCCAAAUGUUAUACGACUAGUUGGCGCAUGCACCAAAGACGGUCCAUUUUAUUUAGUCGUUGAAUUCUGCCAACAUGGCUGUUUAUUGAAAUAUCUACGGCGAAGUCGACUAGAAGAAAACGGUUAUGUUAAUUCUGGAAUAAGGCUGAAAUCUCCAAACUUAAAGGAACAAACGGAUCAAGACUUGACUGGAGACUUGCUCAGCAUGAGGGACCUGCUGUCAUUUGCAUGGCAAAUAGCUAAAGGCAUGAGUUAUCUCAGUGAAAUAAAGCUAGUACAUCGUGACUUGGCUGCCAGAAACAUCCUAGUAGCCUCUGGUAAAAUGCUGAAAAUCUCAGAUUUUGGAUUAACCAGGGAUGUUUAUGAAGCAGACACAUAUCUGAAGAAAAGCAAAGGGAGAAUACCGGUAAAGUGGCUGGCUCCAGAGUCCCUAUAUGCUCAGAUUUAUACCACUCGAAGUGAUAUAUGGUCAUAUGGUAUUGUUUUAUGGGAGUUGGUAACCCUCGGAGCCCCACCUUAUCCAGGUAUACCUCCUGAAAGACUAUAUAACCUUCUUAUAGGAGGAUAUCGUAUGGACCGACCAGAAAAUUGUCCAGAUGAAAUGUACGCAGUUAUGCAGAAGUGCUGGAAGAUAGAUGCUGCGGACAGACCAUCCUUUGCUACUUUAGCCAGGAUAUUUGACAGAAUUCUACAAGAAAAAACGGGUUAUCUUGAUUUAUCACAGAACAAUGUGCGUAUAUCAGAUCUGUACAACAAGUGCUUUAACUCGAAUUACAAUGACAAAGAAGAAGACGAUAUCAGAGCCGAUAACGUACCUGUGAUCGCAAACGAUGAUGACGGAGAAGACUCAAAUGACAAAUGUAACAUAUUUACAGUGUGUAAUGAAACAUAUACUACCGACAAUUAUCUCAUUCCAACUCCGUCAAGUCAACAGUCAUGUGACCCUGAUCACACACUGCCUCUGUUAGAGACUCGUGUCACAGAGAUGGGUAGUAUGGACCAUGGUAAAUCAGAUACUUGUAAAGACAAUGGCAUGAGUUCAUUUAAAACAAAGUUGGUCGUGAAUGAUAUUCGCAAGAAUAAUAAAGUGAACUCGGAUGAACAAAAGGAAACCAGUUUAAAAGAAGGACAUACUAAAUUGAUAGAGCAUAUGAAUGACAGUGCAAUUAUAGAAAAUAGAAAUAGGUCUCAAAAUCUUAAUGGUGUCACAACCACCCAUCGUGGACAAGACCAAAUGUUCAGAAAGAAGACCGAGAAUUCGUUACCUACAAUAAGGUACACCAAAAACAAUAAGAAUAAACAUGUUAUUUAUCCAAGUGAAAACGUAGCGUUGCUGACGGAAAAUGGUAAUGCUAGGUGUAUCAGAGACAAUGACUGUAAUGAACAAGAAACGUCUCAGUUUUAAAAAAUACGAAUACGUUCGGAUACGUUCGGAUUUUCGAAAGAAUACAUUCCAUUUAAACUUAUUUAUGUGCAAGACAACAAUGCAUUGUGGACUGAAGACGAGUCGCUUUUAUUGCCACAGAUUUCUAAAAUAUAUUAUUUGUAACUCAAGCGACUAUGUGAGAGUGAGGCAUGAUUUUCAGUAUCCUAUAGUGAUAGAAACAAUAAAUGUGAUAUAUAAAUGUGUAUGAAGUGACAAAAAGGAGAAACAAAGCAAUAAUAAAAGAUGCAGUUGCUGAAUUCUAACCUUAAAGAUAGUUCCGAUAUGGAUUCUUCUUCUAGCUGUGGCAAUGAACGUGUUUGACUCUCAAAACGUUUAUAAAAGUAUUUUAAUAUAAAGGAUCUCCGAGACUUCUUUCAAUUUUUUUCGUGAAACCUCCACCGUUUAUUCAAAUCGUUAAGCCAAAAUGUUUACACGUUCAUGCGUUUGUAGUUGUUUACAUUACUGUUUGACAGUAUUUUUACGGGUAUAUGGAUAUUAAGAUAUACCAAUUCCAGUAGGUCUGAUUGUUAAGUUUUUAAAAAGCCAAUGUUUCAAAAAACAAGCAAAAACACAGAUCUUUAUUCUCUUACCUAUUAUGUUUCAGAUAAUUAGACUGUUGUCUGUUGGCCAGUAUCUCGUUUAGUAAGUUUAGGGUGUAUGUUUUGGUAAGUAAUGAAAGACAGUGCCUUUUAUGACAUGUUGUGUCCUGCUCGUUUAAUAAGAAUUAACUGUUGAACAAUAAAUACACGCUUUUUAUAAAUAGAUAUGUCUGCUUUCAUCAGACAAAUGGUGCAUUUUGCGCACAAGACGUUCGCUAUAAUAAGUUGUGUCAUUUUUUUCUGAAUGAUAUGUCAUAUCUUUUUAAAUGAGAAUGAGUAUUCAUACAAAAGUUAAUGAUAUUCUCUGAUUUGUAUGGACGCAUGGUAGUUUGUUAAAUGGUUGUUUAUCUGACCUGCUUUUAGCUUUUUGCGGUAUGAAAUAAUUGAAAUGAAAAGGUAUGCAUACCAUUUGGAGCGUUGCAAGGACUUUCUAUGGCGUAUACGGAGCGGAAAGGAAGGAACUGUUAAAUGAAGAAAAAGGUGAAUGUAACACUGUAAAUAUGAAAGUGCAUUAUUUUUAUGUUAAUAUUUUUGUGGCUUUGAAAUAUCUGUAACCACUAAAAUUAAGUACACAUGAAGAUGUAAAAUAAAGCUUCAGGAAAACAAAUUAGUAUUUCUUUUUACCACCUUUUAUUAUAGUAUGCACUUUUCAGAUCGUAUAUUCUCUACGGCUAUUAGUUUUGUGUAUCACUUGCACAAGACAGAAUUUACGGUAAUAAUGAAAAACAAUCUGAAAGAAAUCGAGAAAUUUAGAGUAACUGAAAAGAAAUAGAAUCUCUAACACGAACUUAUCAGUAAUCAAAGGAGAGUGUUUUAUUUCAAUAUUGCUUAGACUAGCUUCA